AUGGCCAGCCCCCUAACAACCCAAAUCUGGUCCUCCACAGUCCCCCUCCACAUCACCCUCGCCCCCUCGCUCCAUCCCUCCUCCGGCGCGCCUCCUCCCUACCUCCUCAACAUCCCGCGGCUCUCCUACCUCCCCCUCCUCCUCCCACGUCUCUCGGUCUUCUUCCACGUCCCGCUCUCGUCGUUCACAUACGAGGGGAUCGAGUUGCGUCUUCUUCCGGCGGGGUUGCUGGCGGAUCUAUAUGCGCCGCAGUUGCCGUGGCGGAUAGUGGUUGGGGAUGGGUGGGGGGUGGGCGAGAGGGGGGUUGCGGAUGGGUUUAUGAAUAGUGUUAAGGAGGCUGACUUCCUCCGGUAUGGGAGCGCCAAGGGGAUUAUGUCCAUGUCGGCCGAGAAUUCGACUGCGUUAUGGGACGCCGUGAAGGAUAAUAACUGCCCCGUCUUUGCAGCCCUCACCCGCCCCCUCCUCAACCCCGCCUCACCACUCCGCCAUAUCCCACUACGCAUAUACAUCCCCCAUCCCGACAUCGACGCCAACAACACCGGUUCCUUCCGCGUUAUCCAGGGCCUUGUCACCCCCGACUACCAAACAAUGACUACCAAACCCUAGGCCACGCCCUCCAUACCCUCAUCCCCUCCCUCUUCCCCUCCCGCCGCGACCCCAUCCUCGCCGCUGCAAUACUGCACGGCGCCCGCGUGCCGCUGCACGCCACGCUCGACGACCUCAUGCGGGAGUGCGCGUAUGCGGAUGGUUGGGUGGCGGUGGUCGGUGUAAUGCUGUAGCUGUCGUGCGUGCGUGGCUGGCUGGUUUUUGGACUUUCAAUGAGCUGCCAUGCGAGGUCCAUAGUCGCAGAGGCGUAAUGGGCUGGGAGAUUGACUGGGGUGGAGUGGAGGAACACUCCCGCGCACGCAGCGAAACAAGACGUAUGGGAUGCGGGACAGAUUAUCUUGGUUACGACGUUAGGACUCUCAUAUCAAUCACAUGAAUACCAUCAAGACUAUAUAUG